AUGACUAAAUGUGUCAACAAUAAACAUUCUGAGACAAGAUACCAGGAAGAUAACAUCGGCCUGUCGGCAUAUUCGAUUGUCAUUUAAAAAAACCAAAUCCCUUCUAUAAAAUGGUCAUGAUAAAAAUGUAUUUGUUGUUGGUUCUUUAUUUCCAAUGUGUGCCGUCUUCAGCCACAAAAUUUCCCACGAAGUGUUGGCUUUCUCGCAGGACCGUCGGUACAUGCAUCAAAUUACUUGAUUGUCCAGCAGCCAUAACUGGAAAAUCUUUCCGUUCAUGUUACACGGUAAGGGGUGAACUGUACGUGUGUUGUAAGAAAAUUCUAUGGGGAGACAUGAGACCAAGGCGCAUAACUGGAGAUUGUGGAAUGCCGCGAUAUGAAAUAUACAAUGGUCUGCAAACGGAGUAUCGGGAAUUUCCUUACAUGGCAGCUUUAGGUUGGGAUUCAACAUUCAAAGCGGGUACUUAUGAUUAUAAAUGUGGUGGAGUUCUAAUAAUGAAUAGUUACAUUGUAACAGCAGCUCAUUGUGCCGUAUUAAAUGGUCUUCCGCCCAGUGUCGUUCUUGUGGGUGGAACAAACUUAAACGAUUCCAGAAAUAAACCAAUAAAAGUCACACAAGUAAUUCGACAUCCCCUGUACAAAUCAAGAAAUUUAUAUCACGACAUAGCUUUGCUAAAACUGGAAAAGUGCCCGGUCGCAAAUCCCCUAUGUAUAUGGACUCUCUACGCGUUGGACUCUGUUAAUAUAACAGCCGUCGGUUAUGGUCAUACCUUUUUUGCCGGCGCCCAUUCUGAAAGACUUCUAAAGACACACCUCUCAGUAAUACCAAAUAGAAUUUGUGUAAGACAUUAUAGAGGGGACACUUCUUUGCCCAAAGGUAUUGCGGACACCCAGUUGUGUGCUAAAGAUUUUGUAAGGCAAAGUGACACUUGUCAGGGUGAUUCAGGGGGGCCACUAAUAUUGCGUUCCACAAGUCCCCAAGGCGAUGAAAUAGAUUUCUUAGUUGGUAUCACAUCAUAUGGCGGUGGAUGUGGUUUUGGAAAGCCGGCCGUAUACACCAGAGUUUCCCAAUAUAUAGACUGGAUUGAAUCGAUCAUAUUUUAAAAUAACAUACGCACAUAAAUUAUUUAAAAAAAAAAAAUAAUGAUGCUUAUUAUAAGUAAUGAUGUAGCUACAUUUUUAAUUCAAUGUUUAAGUAUUUGAUAGAAGUUUAAAAAAAAAGAAAUUCUAGCAUCAAAG